AUGUCAACAUCACAAGCAACACUCAGCGCGGCAGCCGACGACCGCAAGGCGCGACUUGCUAAGCUCAAGAACCUAAAGCGCAAACAACCCGCCGACGAGAUCGCGCCUCCAGAAUCAGAACGUUCGGCAUCGCCACCUAUACGCCCGCAUCUACGCCGCAACUAUGACCCCGAGAUGAGAGGCCCGAAGCUGGGGUUUGAGGCGCCGCCGACACUAGGUAUGGAAGGGCCAACGCUGGAGGAGCAAAGCAGCCGAGUAGAGGCCGAGAUCAAGCGGAAAGCUGCCGAGGACGCAAAACGACGACAAGGGUGUCGACCUGUUCAAGCUCCAACCUAA